AGUUCUGAAGUUGAAAUGUUCUUGAUAAGUUUGAAGACCUAUCGGAGACAAAUAAAGUUACGUUUAAACGCUUGAAAUACAUUAUUUUUACUACCUAAUUGGUUUUCGAACUUUUUUCUAAGUGCGCUCGAGACAUUUGCUUAAUUAUUUUAGUGGUGCAGUGCUCAAAUUAUUUCUCAUUAAGUGAUACCUGGGACGCUGAAUUCGCGAAAAAUGACUGUUACCGGAAAUUUUGGAAUGAUGCCUCGACCGUGUUUUUCAGGUUAUCCUUUCCAAGGUCAGGGAAGAGUAAAUCAACUAGGAGGAGUGUUUAUAAACGGAAGACCGCUUCCCAAUCACAUAAGACUGAAGAUAGUAGAAAUGGCAGCUGCUGGAGUUCGACCUUGUGUCAUAUCCAGACAACUCAGAGUGUCACAUGGAUGCGUUAGUAAAAUUUUAAACAGAUAUCAGGAAACCGGAUCGAUACGUCCUGGUGUGAUUGGCGGUUCCAAACCUCGAGUAGCAACUCCAGAAGUAGAAAGUAGAAUAGAACAAUAUAAAAGGGAAAACCCUUCGAUUUUCAGUUGGGAAAUUCGCGAUAGAUUAGUCAAAGAAGGAAUAUGCGAUAGAAGUACCGCCCCCAGCGUAUCCGCUAUAUCAAGACUUCUUCGAGGAAAAGGAGGAGAAUAUGAAGGAGACGAAAAAUCCACUGAUAACGAAGGAGGUUCGGAUUGUGAAAGCGAACCUGGAAUUCCAUUAAAAAGGAAACAACGUCGAUCUAGAACCACAUUUACCGCACAUCAAUUAGAUGAAUUGGAAAAAGCCUUCGAAAGAACUCAAUAUCCCGAUAUAUAUACGAGAGAAGAACUAGCUCAAAGGACUAAGCUUACAGAGGCAAGAAUUCAGGUCUGGUUCAGCAAUAGAAGAGCUAGAUUGAGGAAACAACUUUCUUCUUCAUCGUCAUCAUCAUACGCUUCUUUGGGAGUUGUUGGAGGACCUUACAGUGCUCCUUCUACCCCAUACGCCUCGUCCCUCGGCCAAGGAUUAAGCGAUAGCACUUUCCCGAAUUCGGGAGCCACCGCUUCGAGUACUAGUCAUAUGACUGAACUAUACCCAAAUCAUGGUGGUCAUUCAAUAUCCCCUAAUUUACCAAUUUCAGAUGUGAAAUGGGAACAUUCUCUUCCACACAACCCCUACACAUCUCACCCGAUUUAUCCUUCUAACAUAAUGCCGAUAUCCCAAACUUUAACCCCUUCUAUUAGCCUUUCCUCCAACGUACAACCAAGCUCUUCUCCUAGUAUGACUACAAAUACACUACAGAGUAUAUCUCAAACGACUGAGAUAGGGGAAUAUAAAGAUGGAAAUCAUAAUACGGUGCACAAUUCAUCCAGUCCGUCUGUUGGUCAGCAAAAUUAUACGAACAUGGUACCUACAUCUGGAAUUGCUACGUUGAUUGGACCAAAUAGCGCAAACAGCAACAGUAACGAAGCGCCCUGUACGGAAUCCAACACGGACCACCAUCUACCUUCUCAAUGGCACAUGUCUUCACCCCAUCAAAUAAGAAACGUGAGUCCGACGUUGCCGAAUCAAGGUAUUCCAGGUAGUUUGAGUCAAUUGGGACAACCGUUAUCGCAAGGUUUGGGUGGGUUUGCGCAGACCGGAAUGCAGCCGAGCAUUCACAGUUACCACUCUCAUCAGGCAUCGAAAACAUUUGGACAUCAACCUUUUUACGGAUGGUAUUGAAGUCGAUUCAAUAAAUUAUUAAUUCGGAGAAAAUCAAGUUGAAAACUUGAUUAUAAAUUCAAUCAUGUCCAUGUGCUAGGAAGCACUGUAAAUGCUUAAAAAGCCGAAUUAUUUCGAUAAACGAUUUUAUUAGCGAGAUCGAUUUUUGAAGAUGAAGUUAAUGUAUCGAAGCACAUAAAACAGAACGUUUCUGGUUUAAUUGCCGUCUUCAGUACGUUAUCAAAUAAGAUGUUGAAGUUGAAAACAACUUCUAUCAAAAACGUGGAGAUAAUAAUUUCUGUUAGCGGUUUGAUUUUAAAAUUCUUUCACCGCACUAUAUUUUUGUAUAAAAUACUUGAAUAAAUUUUUUAAAACGCCAAAAAUGUACCUAAACUUCAAAGAUUUCCUCACAGGAAACUUUUUAUUAAUAAAAUUAGACUUAAUAUCAAGAAAAUUUAUAUUAUCCAUCAACUGGAUGUCAAAAUUUUUAACUAUUUUGUGGAAAAAUCUAUAGAAGUUUAGAUAUUAAAACUUUACUACACUAUAAAACGAAAUAACCUGCAGCAAUUAAUAUAAUUUCCGAAAUUAAGUUGGAAUUUCUGGAAUCGUUGUGGUAAUAUUCAUACUAUUUACUGUUAAACUAACUCUGACAUUCGCUUCGAUAACCAAGUUAACAUCUUCAGAGAAUAGUAGAGGAAACUACCUUCAGUCUCUGAAGACUCUUAAGUUCAUCAAUUGAACGAUAUAGCUUAAAACCAAGAUCGUAUUUACAAAACAGUCAAUCAGUCUUUGAAUCGCUCAAUUUUUUUCAUGUUCGAGUAGUGUCUGCCGUGAGGAUGUUGAUCUUGAACUUCUGUGGGUUCUAGUGCUCAGAAAAGACGUGCCUUGGUAGCUGGUUCUACAGGCUUGUACUUCUCCAAAGAAAGGAGACCCGAUACUUUGAAGUGGUCUUGCAAAAACUGCUCUAGGCGGUACUGAUAGUAGUCAUCUGUUCCUGUCUACGGAUUUGACUGGUUAACAUCAAACGUUUCUGAAGUGUGUUCAUCGAUAACCAAAACUCAAAGAGAUCAAAAAAAUGUGAUUUGGAUAGAAAGAAAAAUUAGUAACGUAUUGUUUGAGAAUACGUAUAAUAGAAUUGAUUUAAGCACAGCUUUUUCGAAAAAAAAAAUCAUUUUAUAUUUCAACGAGUCCCUUUUGAGAUUUGUACACUAUUCACAAUAAUUUUUUCAAUCUACUCUAAAUAAUAUUCGUACACGUUAUCAAAAUUCAGUAUUUCAUAGUUCCAUCGAUUAAUUAUUUCAUGAUUAGGUCAAUAAUCACCAGGGGUUAAGUCUGUAGAAUGGAGGUAUAAUUCGUAGCGGACUUCAGGUGGACGGUUUUUUUCAAACCUCAGUAAAUUAACCCAAUAAGUUGAUCUAUUAAUUGUUCAACCUUCUUGAAGGUAGUCAAUGUGAAUUAUAUCACGUGCUUUUAAACAAUGGUCUCAGUAACUUUAUUGCCUAACAAACCCACUCCAGUCUUCUUUUGCGACGAUACACCCUGAUAAAUCCUCUGUUGUUUCGACUACUGUUGCUUCCUAGGGUGAUCUGGUGGGUGUAACUUUCCUCGUGGAAUGAAGAACGUCAAACAUUCCUGCUAAUAAGUUUGGCGUAGUCGCCUUUUGUUAGUAACUAGGUACUAGAUCAAUACUGUGAGAGAUGAGUGAUCAAAGACAAGAUGAUGCCAAAACUUGCGACAGUUGUAGCAAGGAAACGGUGCAAUAGUUCAACUUUUAGAAGCAAACGAAGCACAUAUUAUUUAUAAUAACAAUUUUAUCAAAGAUUAUCAAAAAUUUCACGACGAACUUUUUUGGCAGGGUAUAUGUCAACUCUUGAAAUGUGAAGCUUGUUUUUAUCUGUAUAUAAAUAUGUAAUAAAUAACUUUAAAUUAUUCAGCUAGUACCUAAAGUAUUGUGAAACUGAAAAAAGGUUCAUGAUCAUUACAACUUAUAAUCAUCACAUGUUGGAUACUCUCCAAAAGACGUCAUUACUUCCAAUCAUUCGUCUUCUAGGCUGGUGGUUCUGAAUGUACCAACACGGAAUUGGAUUCAUCAAAGAAUAUAAAACACAAAUUCCAAUUCGGAAACAACCUUGUGAACGAUACAGUUGUCGACUAACAUGAUGUUAUACUUUUGCUAUUUGAUUGUCCAGCAAGUCUGUAAAUAUCCGCCUCAUCAUCAACACGUUUUUGUUUAGAAUCACCGUGAUUCGUUUCUUACUAAUUUCACCUUCACGACAUUGCUAUCACUCUUCUUUGAAAGCCUCGGUAGGGAGACAUUUAAAAAAUGGGCUGUCUCGUUAGCACUGAAGAUAUCUUCUAGACUGCACAAAAGGAAGGAAAAUCUGCUAUCCACUGAUUGCAUCUACAACUUGUCUGUAUAUCAUCUCGUCUUAAAACCUUCCAUAUUUUGCUUACUAACAAGUUUGAUUUGUGAAGCAAAUUUCUGUUUAUACCUAACCAAUUUUUGAUACUUUCUACAAUACAAUUUUCGAUAUGAAGGGAAUUCCGCAGGUCGGGCCCGUUGUAGUCAAACAACCAUAUCUUAAAUGAAUCUUCUACAAUAUCGUCAUCCCAUCUAGUGUUUGGUUGUAUCUGAUUUUAAUGCCUAUCGGUUGAGAUGCCACAAUUUUUUACAGUACAACUCGUCGAAACUUGCCGAUACCGCGCCGGUCGUCGUCUCGUCCGCAACACUUGUUCAGACGUGCAAAUUAAUACGACUUGUGAUGUAUGUGCUUGCCAGUUUCCAUAGAAAGAUCUAAUCUUCACUUUUUUUCGCAAUUUGGAAAUCGUUAGGAAUAUGUAGCUAGAUUUAGGUUAGGUUAGGUGUCUACGGAAACCAAAGGAGGACAUUUGUUAGUACUAUUCACAAGUAAGCUCAGCUACCACAACAAAAUUAUAGUUAUCCACUGUUUGCAGGUUUUUACUAAACUCAAAUAAUCUAGCGGGGGUGCCAACGCUGCCAGAAGAUUUAUUAUUCUUAGUUUCUUUUAGAUGUUCAAUGGCCUCUUCUGUUGUGUGGGUGAUGUUACUAGGGAGUCAUCGUGACAUUCUUCUAGUCAUUUCUCAUUGAGCACUAAUUUAAAGUGUAAAUCUUUUGAAAAACAUUCUGGUAAAUAGUGAGGAAAUAAUUGGAAAUGAAUGAGUAAUCAAUAAUUUUCAAAGUGCUUUUCUUCGUAUUUAAAACAAAAAAGUAUAUUUUACAGUUUGAAAAUAUAAGUAUGUACUGUUAUGUAUAACCUUUGUGAAGCUUUUCCAAAAUACACACUAUAUUUUAUGUAAAAUGUAUGCUUUAUAUUUUCUGUAUUAUAUUGUACAUUAAAGAUUAUUUACCGAAAAA